AUGGAAGUGGAUGAGAGUUUUAAUAACGAUGAAAAUGUGCCAUUAUCACAGUAUAGUCGUACAUCAGAUGACAUCAAGUCGAUGAUAAAACUGGCCAAACUGAAUGAAAAGCAACUAACCGAUGUCACACAGGUUUUAUACUAUGGCGAUGUGGAAAGUAAUCCCGAUUUGAAACUGCUUGAAUUGAAUGGUUCAUUGUUAUCGGCCAUCGAAGAAGGUCAAACACUUUCGUUUAAAGGCGGCCUGAAUGAAAAGGUAGUAUUAUGCACAAAUGAUCAAACGUUUGAGGUGAAAGAAGCCGGCAUUUCAAAUAGUCUACUAUUGAUCCCUGAAUUAAAAUUGGCACAGUCGACAUCAAAAUCACCAUUGAAAAGUCCAAAAAACCGUGCAAAUUCAUCAAUGGAACGAAAUCAAAAUGAAUCAACUGGCAGCAUCGAUGAUGAUGAAUUAUUUGAUCCAACCGCUGAGCGUCAACAAGAGCGACGUAUCGUCAAGAAGGUUUUUCACGAAUAUUUUGAAUGCCGUGAAGUUAAGCCGAAAUUUCGAAAAUUGGGAGAACUAUUACAGCUGACUAGAUAUUCGGGACCGGAAAAUGAAUAUUGCAUCGAUCGUUCGUUGCUAUUUACAUUUAAUCAAUUGCUUAAUACAACACAAUGCAGUCGUCGCGAAUUUGAAAAUGGCCUUAAAAAGUUUCGGGCCUUUGAAUUUGAGGGUCGUAUGCGUGUAUUUGACAUUGAAUAUGAAUAUCGCUUGCUGUCAUUGCUUUUGGGUAUUAUCACUGAGAAUUCUUGGCCUAUUGAUGGAAUCGAUCGCGAUGAAACACUCAGCGCUAUUUCGGAAACGAUUGCACCGGCGCCAAUGUUGCAAGCUAUGUUUGAUAUGUACACAUUCCCUUCACAACAAUCGUCAAGCUCUCGAUGCUUGUACACGUAUCGGGAAGAAAUGGUCUGUCGAACAAUUGCACAAAAUGUACUGCAACAAGGUACAAAAUUUCAUUACAACGAUUUUAUGGAUACAUGGCAAAAUGCUUUGCCGGACGGUUUUCAAGUGCAGGAGAAAUAUUUACGAGGAAUCGGCAUCGUUGAUCGUUCAGUAGCAAAUGUUCCAUGUGUACGAACAUUGAUUGAACAAAAUCUGACCACCAGUUUAAUUGAUCGCUUGAGAGUUUUGUUUAAGACACGAGAACGGUGGACACUGGACGAGAUUGAACCGUAUAUCGAAUUUUUCGCCAAUCCACAAUUAUCGAUAACAUCGAUUUUGGCCAAGCACGCACGCGCUAUCACAGAAAAAGGACAACGGAUCUACGUUUCCAAGCAUGGAGUCUGAUUAAGUCAGUCAACAGAUGACAGAUUGAAUAUUUAUUAGGAGCAUACGAAUAGUAAAAAUUAAAUCGGUGGUUUCCAACUGGUGAUCCGCGGCGCGCCUUCCAAAAUUGGCUGCCCGCUUAUUAGAGUCCAAAUAAUUUUACCAAAAAUGGAAAUAAAAGUUCAGGAAACUUAUUUUUGUUUUGGUUCACUUCAAAUAUAACUGUUGCAUCAGAGCGUAAAAUAA